AAAAAAAAAGUUCAGUAUCCUGUGUUGUGGGGUCCAGACGACCCCACUUUUAAUGUAAACAGGCCAAGGAUAGCACAAGGGUUAAACAAGCAAUGGUUAAUGAACGUGGCAGUCUCUGCAGCUCACCACACCUUCAAGGGAUGGGUCAAAUGUGGAGAAAAACGUUUCACACAAUUAGGAACGUGACAGUUAAUGGGACUUUAACUUUGAUUUUAAAUACGUGCAGCCAACAACAAAAUCCAGCCUUGGACGUACUUAAAAUAUGUGCAAGCAAUGAAGCAAUGUGCAUCUUGGCCGCACGGAUUAUGUGUGGCCACCAUGAAUUUCCAUCCCUUUCUGUGCUAGUCGCACUAAAUACAUGUCAAUAACAUCAGCCUUUUAUUUAUUUUCUUGAUAAUUUUUUCAUGCCAGGUGACAGCUAUUAUUACAAUAAUUGAAGCUAAAGCUGUUGAUCAAUGCUUGGGUCUGCAAGAUUUAAUAGGAUUCUAGCAAAUAGUGCUACAAAUUCUGACCUAUAGGUAAGUCCUAAAAAUUGAGAAAAUCCCAAAUUUGCUGUUAAAAAUGUUUUUUUUUUCCAAAUUUAGCUAAAAAUUGAACCAAAAUAACCAUGUAAAUUAUAAAUGUAUCUCAACUUAGUGAAUACUUUUGUAGGAUUUGCAUGGUGAAAAAAAGUGGGUAAAAGUGGAUAAAACUGCUGAAUUGUUAAAAGACAGAAAUAAAAAAGCAAUAUAUUGUUAAAAGAUACUAAAGUUAUUAGUCAAUAUCAAUUUUAACCUGUCUCUACUAGUUGUCAAGGAUGCCUAGACAAUUUUGACACUUUGUUCCCAAAAAAAUUAAAAUAAAAUAAAAAUAAAAAAUGUUGUUUACACCUGACACUAGGCGCGGAACCUCCUUUACCCACCAAUUAGCUAGACAGCUAACCUCAGUAAACUGCGUCACCAUGACCAGGUCAGAGCAGCAGCGGUACGGUCUUCAGCUAAAAGCGUGUGCGCCUCUAAGAAGAAGGACCGUUUUCUCAGCUGCGACUUCAACAGGAGUUUGGGCUUUUUUUUCUUCUUCUAAAGACUGCCUGUUGGAGCUUGAAGGUGGCUUCCUGGAAACCCAUUCAACAGGAGGCAACCUUUGAGGGAAAACAGACGCCUGGUUGGUUUUACCUGAAUCAUACUGGAAGCUGCAGGAUAAUACGAUGGGUCAAAGAUCCUACAUCCCUGCAUUACUCCUUGCUGCGUGUUGCCUGACAUCUGCAGGGUCUUUGUCACACAGCCUAUGUGAAGUGCAGCCUGUGGGGACGGGACAUCCCGUGCAAGCAAUCCAGAUAAACUUCACUGCAUUGUCAGGAUGUGCAAGCAGGGGCACUGCCAGCCUGCCUCAGGAGGUUCACAUCAUCAACCUGAGAGGACACGCACCAGAAGGAGCAGGCAACACUUCAGUGAAGGUUGAACUGGAUCUGAAGCCCAUCCACUCCAUGCAGCACCACCAGAAGCCCCUGGUCUUUGUGCUCAACUCCCUCCAAAGACUGACCUGGAAUGUCAAGGCAGAGAACCUGGCUCUGAACAUCAAACAUAUCUUUCAUGUCUCGUCAGGCUCAGAGGUCUACUUCAAGACGACAAACUUCUCCCUCUCCACUCGUAUCAUCCAUGAAACCCUUCCCCAUGGCAAUGAGCACCUCCUCAGAUGGGCCCAGAAGAAGUACAGAGCAGUCACCUCUUUCUCUGAGCUCAGGACGGCUAAAGCCGUCUUCAUCAGAGUCGGAGAAGAUUCAGAGUUUUCUGACACCUGCAAGAUCGACACCAAGUUCUUCUCUUUAAACUACAUGGGCAGCUUCUAUGAUCUGCAGCCGUCCAACGGCUGCAUCCUGUCUACGCCAGAGAAAGGCAGAGAGAUCCACAUCAUUGAGCUUCAAAGAACAGACUCCAGCAGUGGUCUCCAGGUGGAUGUCAUUGUGGAUUUGGGGCCUUCGGAAGGCAAUAGCCUAGUGUUUAGUAACGUAGUCCUGGUGCUCAAAUGUGCCGAGCCCGUGAAGUGGGUUAUCAAACCUCACAGCAUGAUUGGGACACUGGAAGUCGUGGCCUCUGAUGCUGUGUGUGAAAGUUCACAGAUGUUAGCGUCAACGGUCUCCAAACAGAACCUGCCAUCAGGGUCCCAAGCUUUGAUCAGUUGGGCUCAGGACCACGGUUACGGCCCGGUGACUUCGUACACCAGCGCCGCUGUGGCCAACCAUUUCAGUGUCACUCUGAAAGAGCCAGAAGCUGUAAGCUCUAUAGAGCAUCCUGGACCAGAAUUUGUACCCUUUUCCUCUUCAUUUCUUCCUCCUUUUUCUGACGGUCUGCUCCCUGAUCCAAGCGAACAGCCUGACCACCAGGGUUUGGUUGUUGCUCAUGUUGUUCUGUGUGAAGAUGAUAAGAUGGUGGUCGGUAUCGAAAAGGAGAAAUUGAAAGAGAAAGGGUUUAAUAAUCCCGUCCUGACAUUUAGAGAUUCCAGCUGUAAAGCAACAACCAAUGCAACUCAUUACAUCCUGGAGACCCCUCUUCAUGGCUGUCAAACCAUUGAAUUCCCCUUGCCAGAUAGUACAAAGUCCCUCCUUCUCAACUCUGUUUCUGUAUAUAAUGUCGAGAUAAACGAUGGGCCACAAGAUCCUGAAAAAGUGGGACAUGGGUUAGGACACUUAUCAGAGGAAAAUCAACAUUACACUAUAGAGGUCACCUGCACUUAUAAUGAGCCGGAAACACCAUCAGAGACUGUACCAAAACGAGGCCUGCAGCCCAUAAGCAGCAUUACGUUCAACAUUGAGUUGUAUGGCACAAAUCUCUUUGAUACUCCACUGCGCCAGGCCUUCUACACUCUUUCUCAAAACCAGACCGUGUUUGUGGAGGUGACCUCAUCUGCAUCACAUCCGGAUGUGAGCUUCGCUAUCACAUCGUGCUUAAUUUCUCCUCACAACAAUCCUGAAAUUGACUCGGACUACAAACUCAUCGAGACAUUUUGCCCUGUGGAUGACUCCAUCACCUUCCUGCCUUCUGGCUCCUCCUCAGGGAUGGAGAAUAAACGCUUUAGCUUCACCUUCUCCUCAACAUUCAACAGACCUUUGCUCUACUUGCACUGCCAACUGUCUCUAUGUUCCAAGACAGCUAAAGGGAACCAGCAACUGCCACUGUGCCUGAAACCUGAUGCCUGUCAGUCCUUAUCGUUGGACAAAAUCUUGCCAUUGAUGAUGAACACCAAGGGGUCCACGAAGUCCUUGGUUGUUAUUGAUCAACCAGAUACGAGUCCUAGGCCUGAACCUCCAGUUGAUCCUACAAAGGGCUCAGACGAUCCCGAAAUCAUUUGUGCGCUGGACACUGCGACCGUGGCAGGGAUUGCAUUUGCAGCGUUUGUGAUUGGGGUUCUGUUGACUGGAGCUCUGUGGUUUAUUUACACGCAAACAGGUGAGACGACCGCGCCGCCGCCGGCCCAGAAGUCGCUCCCCGCCUCUGAGAACAGCAGCACAGCUCACAGUAUUGGCAGCACACAGAGCACGCCAUGCUCCAGCAGCAGCACGGCGUAGUCCAGGAUGUGCUUGUCCUGCAGAGCUCAGGACAAACCCCGGGCUUCACAGUGACUGGUUUGUUUUUCAAAGAUCAUGAAAGAGAAAAGCUAAACACCUGCUAUUUUAAAAAAAGAUCUGCAUCCAAAAUGCAGGCAAAUACAUGUAAAAAAUCUGGAAAAAGGUUUAUUUUAGUUGUUUUCUUAAUAUCCAAAUGCUGCUUUGGUAUUUACAGUAUCACAUAAUUUUGGAUUCAGUGCAAAUACUUAGUUUGUGGUUCACCUGGCAGGUGUGCUUUAGCUGUGAGCAAAUGCAACGAUGAGGCGUCGAUGGCUGGACCGUAACGUGUUGCUUAAACUCAAGCAAACCAGGAAAAAGGCAAACUAAACCACUAUAAAAGAGAGGACAGAUGUGCAGUAGGAACAUAAGUCAUUAUCUGUAGAUAUGUUUAAGAAAAAAGGCUCAAAAUGACGAUUAAGUGAGGAGGGAAAAGGAAUAAAUGUGAAAGAAAAAUGUGAAGACGUACAGGAAGAACCCUAUAAGUCACAUGAUGAUUCAUUCACACAUUAUGUUACUGGAGGUUAUGUCUUCAGUCUAUGGUAAAAGAUUUUAAAGACCUGUACUUUUUUUCAUGCUGGAGCACCAAGAGUGAACUAACUGUUCAAGGAGUGAAGCAGCUUCUACAGAGCUCUGUCCAAUUUACCAUAAAUGAUGUUUAUUCACAGGGUGAAACUUUCAAAGGUCCAAAGGAAUUCUGGUUAAUAUUAACUUUGGACAUGUACUCCUUUUUAUGAUUAUGGACUGUACCCUGUAUAAACUCAAAAAAGCUUUAAAAAGAAAAAUGUUUUUUUUUUUUAAAGUUAAUUGAUUUCUUUAUUGUGAGAAAAUUUUAUUUCUAUUUUUUGCAGUGCAAUGAGGAGGGUUGACACUUUUUUGCUAAGUUUCCACUUGAAGCCGUACAGAAUCCUUUAAACCUUUGAAAAUGUUAGAUUUAAUUAUUUCUAUUCUUUCAAUGAUGAGCUCUAUUCUGUGAUAGGCUGUUUCUUAUCUCCUUCAGUCAAUCAGGCUAUCAUAUUUUUGGACCAUAAUGCACACCAGAUUUAGAGGUUUUUAAGACAAUCAAAUAAUAUGACUACAUUACCCACAAUGCCUAGAGACACAAAGUGCCAACAGGCAAUUGGUUAGUGGGGUUAAUGGGACGUUUUCUGCAAUAAGCAGCUUUUGGAGUGUACAAAAUGACUAAAUGUUUAGCUUUAUGAUAAGAACAACAAUUUUCAGCUGCAAUGUGAAAAAUGGAAAAAAUUGACUUUUACUCUUCAUUAUGUUGAAACUCUACCAAGCUCUUAACUACAGUACCCAUAAUGCUCCAACAAUCCAUCCAGCUUUGUAGUUUAACAAAGUCUUACUAAAACAAUGUGACAAACUUUUGAGUGCCGUGUAUCACAGAAAAUCAGUUCGAGGUUAACCAGAAUUCACACAUUAGUUGAUCUUUGAGACAAAAAAUAAUUUUAGUGCCCAAUUGUGGUCCAAACAUACGGUAUCCUAAAUGCACAGGCAUGAGAUAUUCAUCUUUUUAACCAAUGUUAGGAAUUGGGUUUAUUUUCUCUAAAAUGUCUUGUUUUUUAAGCCGUGUAUAUUGGUGUAAAUAGUGUAAAAAAUAUUUUGUUCAGUUUUUACUUGUUCUGUUGAUGGAUCAGCAGAACAAAUUCAUUGAUGAUUUUUUGAAUAGAAGACAGUCGGCUUCUGAGCGCUGUGGCAGAGUUUCAAACACCAACCAAAAAAAAAAAAAAAAAGUCCUGCCAUCUGUCCUGGAAGACAUUCAUCAUGAGACGGCCACAGCGUUGACAUCCAUGAGCUGUCCAUCAUUCAUCAGGACUUAAGCUAGCUGUCCUCUUUUCUUGAUUCAUUUUGUUCAACUUUUGCCACUUCAAGCAUGUCGAUUAAGCUGUCAUUGAUUUUUAUGCUUUUUCAAAAAAAGAAAAACUAUAUAUUUUUGUGCAUCUUGGGGCAGGGGGCUUACGGGGAAAUGCUUUCUUGUUACUAACAAAUGUCUAUCUGAAGAUUUAUAAAACCAAACCAAAAAAUGUAUAAUUAUCUCAAAAGGGUUUUUAUGUUUUCUUGUAUAAAACUUUCUACAGAGUAUAAAUAUAUAUUUGUUUAUAAAAUUAUAUUUUGGAAUAUAUUUACUAUAGAAAAUGUACCUUUUUUGUGUGUGAGUACUGUGAAUUGUGGAUUUGCUCAAACAAAAAAUGUUUUUUGGGAUGUGCGAAAUAUUCCUGAAAGUCACAAGUCAGCCUUUUACACAAAGCUAAAGAUAGUAUUUGAAAUACUCUGAUAAAAUUGAGAGAGAAGGUCCAUUUUAGAUAUAUAUAAAAAAAGAAAGAAUCGAUUUUUUGAAAGGUUCUGUGUUUGCAGAAGCAACCUUCUCCUACAACACACUGAAAGUGCUGGCUGAAGUUCAUAGGAAAUAACUGGUUAUCUUGUAAAAUGUGGGAAUUUUCUGCUCCACCUAUUUUUAUGGCACUUGUUUUAUGCAAAGUAGCAGUGAAGUGAAAUGUUAUACCAGUUAACUAAAGAUAAAACAUUUUGGAUUUAAAGAACAGAUUGUGACAAGGAAUCUGCAGUUUGUUACUUUUUUUGUUUGUUUUCUCUUGAUAGCUUCAAUGAAAGUGAGCAGUCACAAAGCAUGUUUAUAAGUAUUUAGGACAUCAGUAAAUUACUUUAACUUUUUGUUGCCGCUUCAGAUGAAACUUGUGAAAUCUCUUGUAAAACCUGUAAAAAUUACCAUAAAAAUGGAUGUUUGGUUAAAACACAGAGAAUGUUUGAAUGUGAGACAAACUUCAAGUUGUCAUGGGAAACAAAAGAAGACCCUUGUUGUGUCCUUGGCGGUCUCCAGACGUGUAAAGCUAGUAUCUGGUGCUGAAAGGUUUCAUAGUUUGUAAGUACAGAAACUCACGAUAUAAAAACAAACACAAACUGAGACAAAGUAAUGAUUUGAUAGAUUAGAGUCAACUUCAUUAACAUUACAAAUGAACAUUUAUGUUUGGCAAAAGUUAACAGAAACCAAACCUGCCCUUUUGUCCUUUUUCAAUAUUUUGGAAUUGGGUGGAGUAAACUCCACUUCAUUUUGGCCAUUCGUUAUUCUAUAGCUAACAUCAGUGAUUAUCAGUCCAGUGAAUAUGUGUCUGUGGUUUGACUGGAUUUCUUUGACACAUUUUUUGAAGCUAUGAUUACAAUCAACAUUGGCAACACGUUCUCACUCCCAACUCGUGGUAUGGUAAGGAACACCCCCGUGUCCUGGCACCGGACCACGUCCCAAGGGUUGGGGACCCUUGAUUAGCGAAUGCAUUUUUUUCCCCUGUCUGUGGCCCGGUAGCAAACAUACUUUAGGUUGGGAAUUUAAUGGGAACAGGCAGCACAUCAAAAACGAUGAGUCAGGGACACCCAGAAUGUCAAAAAGUGAUGUGAAUGGAGUCAGAACCAUACGUCCAUAUAUGACGAGUUGAGAGUGAGAAUGAGUAAACAUUGACUUCAAAACAUAGCAACUUUGUGAAGCUUGAACACCAUUAGGGGAGCAUAAUGCCAAAACUUCUCCUUUUAUACCAUUCUUUGUCUUUAUUUUAAAUAAUAAAUCUACAAGAUGUUGCUUCUACAUUUAAAUAUGUUUGUCUCUUAUUUUCAUCUGACACGCUUUACUCAAAAGUAGAACCAGCUAAGGACACAAAAAGGGUAUUCUUUCUUUUCACUGUUAUCAUCACAGCCUCCUCGUUUAUACAAGGGUUAAGGACACACUCCGAUCAUCAUUGAAUCUAUUGUUAAAGUGUUUGGUGAAAUCCUUCAAGCAUCAUAUUAUCGUCCUCUGAACUAAAGAUCGUCGUUCCGUCUCAUGUUUUCGUCUGUAUCCAGUCCAACUUCAGAUAGAAUUAGUAUUUGAUGCAAAACCUUCAUUAGCAUUCCCGGAGGUUCAAAUAUCCUCCUGUUUGUCCCCGUCUUGCCUCAGUGCAUGCUGGGAAAGCUGCCAUGUUUCUUCUGGUGACAGCAGACGGACAUGGAUGAAGUGAUGCUCACAAAGGGAGCUUCUCCCGCUAAAUGUCUCCCAGUUUCUCUUUGAACAGCUGUAACUGGAGCAUAAAUCUUUCAAAGGAAUUAUUGAUUGUAUUGUUUUUCUUGUCUUUUUUAUUAUUUGACUACCUCAUGUGUUUUAAUGAAUGUGCAAUGUGUGCUUCAGAUGACAGCAGUCGUGUGAUCUAAGAGGCCCGAGCAAGCCGUGAUGUGUUAACGCUGAAUGUAUUCGCCUUUCUUUUCGCUCCGGAAACUUUUGUAUUGCUGUAAAUAUGGAGGAUGGUUGUAUAUUCAUUAUGAUGAAUACAUUUUUCAUGAUAUUUAGUCAAA